GAUAAGUGAACAUGACACUAGACUUACAUUGUCGCCCCUUUGUGGACUGAGUCACAACAAACAAAAAGGUUAAAGGGAGCCCUCAUCCGGCCUCGUUUUGACGUAAACUUCGCUGGCUGAUAACCAGUCGCGUGUCGAAAGAAGUGCGUAGGGGCCGAAAGCGGGGAGAAGCGCUUUCCUUUGCCGACUGAAUGCUCGCCUUCCUGUAGACGGCCGGCAGCGACAUGGGCAAGAUCUUAGUGUUUGAGAUCAGUUUCGGCAGCAAUAAGGUGGUCUACAGCCCAGGGGAAUGCAUUACUGGCGCCGUGAAAAUCGUGGUUGGCCGAACUUUGCAAUAUAAAACCAUCAAGGUGAAUUGCCAUGGCUUCUGUGGUGUGUCCAAUCGGGAAAACAGUUCCUCCUGGGUCCUGGAGGAACAGUACUUCAAUAGCACUCUGUCCCUGGCAGAUAUAGGCACACUGACCCCUGGGGAGCACAGCUUUCCUUUCCAGUUUCUCAUUCCAGAGUCUUCUCCAACGUCCUUCGAUGGGAAAUUUGGAAGAACUGUUUACCGAUUGACAUCAGUCAUAGAAACACCUCGCUUCUCUAAGGACUACAAUGCUGUCAAACCCUUCUACCUGCUUAAGCCCCUCAACCUCAACGAAGUUCCAGAUAUUGAGAAACCCAGUUCAUCUCAGGCCACAAAGAAGUUCACCUACCUCCUGGUAAAGACCGGGACAGUCGUGUUGAACGCUAAAUGCAGCAUGCGAGGCUACAUCCCCGGCCAGGUUAUCGAGCUGACCACCAAAAUCCACAACGACUCGGGGAAAGACACCGGCCACGUGCUCGGCGCUCUCAUACAGAAAGUAACGUACAAGACCAAGCGGCCCAUAAUCAGUGCAAGGACGAUCGCGGAGGUGCAGGCCGCUGGGGUUAAGGCAGGAGGCCACACUGAGUGGAAGGAGCAGAUCGUGGUUCCGAGCCUCCCACAGUCGGGACUGGAUGGCUGCCGCCUUAUCGCUAUUGAAUACUUUAUUCAGGUAUCUCUGAAGUGUCCAGAGGUGUUAGUGACUCUACCCAUAUACAUCGGGAACCUACCAAUCAGCAGCCCCUCCGUGGCACCAGCCAGGGCGCCCCCCCCAAUCCCAGCAGACGCCCCUGUUCCACAGCCCAGGGUCAGAUCUCACACGGUGACCCCCACUGCUCCUCCAGCUGAUGAACUGGCAACCCCUGCAGCAGCUAAGACAAGAGCCCCCCAGGUCAAGUCCUGUCAUAGUUCUCCCGGCCUCCCGCCCCCAGUCUCCCCCAGGACCUUCCGACAUACCCCAAACCAAGGGCAAUGCCAAAGCCUGCGUGACCGGGCACAUUCAUCCGCCGGGCCUAUGGAGGGCACCAUCCACUUCUCAGGAAGAAAUUCCACACCUGCACCUACUAACAGGGCAUCAGCCAUGCAGAACAGAACAAGCAACUACCUACAAGACCCCCCUCCCACAUAUGAGGAGAGCUGCAGCGAUAACGAUCCCAGGUUCAGCGCAGGAAGGAGACCAACGGCUGGGUUCUGAGGCUCCAGCUCCAGCUGAUCCAAGCGGCGGGACGCUCUGGGAGUACAGGGGUGUUUCUGCUCAGCCUUAGCCAGAGGGAAGCCUUCACCUGUACACAGCAUGUUCUCCUAUACACAGAACAGGGAAAAUUGAUGCUUCUUCUCUCAUCUAGACUGACUUACCUUACUUACAUUGUAAGGGAUUGGAAUGAAACUGCAAAGCAAUUUUAUCUGCUCAUGUGAAACACACGAAGGGCAAUUCACAAAUCAUAGAACUGGUUAAAGAUGGCAGCAGAGACAGAUUAUCAUGGUUUGAAGCCCCUGGGCUACAUAAGUUGUCAGGGAUCCUCCUACUGUAUUCUAUGACGGUGUGAUUGUUGGCCCGCGGUGGGGGGAGUUAACAUUGUAAUAAGGCACCUUAAUGAGCCCCUGUGCACUGGGUGUAUUUUUAAUAUAAUGCAACAAAAAUGCAUCUUUUAUGUAUCGAAAUCCCAUAGUUUUAAAAACAGCCAAUGUUGAACGGUGUUUUAAACUACAGAACAAUUUUCAUAGAUAUUUUCAACAUACUAAUACAGCAUUAGAAGCAGAACUUCCCAGGAACACCAUGUGAGUUACUAAUAUGUUUUGUAUCAGUCAGGAUUGUUGGGCGUGGGCCUGGAGCCCAUCCCCAUCAACAUAUAGCUGAAGGCUGCAGUACAAACAGUCAUUCUCUAUGGCAGUGUUUCCAAAUCCGGUCCUCAGGGACCCGUAGCCGGUCCAUGUUUUUGCCUCCUCCAAGCUCCCUGCCAGACAGUCCAUGUUUUUGCUCCCUCCCAGCUCCCUACCAGACAGU